CAGGGCGUUGAACCUGCUUUCAUUUGUUGUCCUCAAGCUUGUGUAACUAUCAGCAGCACACCAUCAUCAUCAUCAGGGUCGGCUCUGAGCCAGGAUUCGUUUUAUUCAUGUACUGAAGCUGGACUUUUGUGGGACAAUCCUGAAACGCACCUCACCUUCCUCCAUUCAUCUCCUUCCUUCCGCGUGCUGAUCUAACAUGCGGCAUCUCAAGAUGUUUGGCGCUCUCAUGCUCAUGCUUUUACUGUGUGAUGCAGACAGUACAUGCACCACUGAUAGCAACACUCUCAUCCUGGAUCCUCCUGAGGUUAUAGGAAAAUAUAAUGAGUCAGUCCCAGUAAACUGCUCAGGCACAGAUCCAUAUCAUGAUGGGAUGUACUGGAAAGUUGGAAACACAACAUAUGAAAUGCGAGAUGAAAUAAAAUUUUUCUUGAAGUCAAUAUCACUUUCAAACUGGGAUCAAACGGCUCAGUGCGGUUUAAGGCUGGAGGGAGAUAUUGAGUGCAAGGACCUGAAAAUCACUAUAUACAAGACUCCAGACACUGUGUCAGUCUCGACCCGGGAUGAUGGUCAGAUGGUGGAGGGCAGAGAUUACUCGCUUAUUUGUGAUGUUGUCAAUGUGGCUCCUGUGCAGAAUCUCACAGUGAAGUGGUACCACGGCAAUGAAACGGUGUACACCGAAAUGUUUGGUGGCACCAGUGUGACCCCAGUCAAUGUAUCCUCCACCUGGAACAUCACCGCUCAGAGAGAUUACAACGGAGAACUUUUCAGAUGCGAGGCUGAGCUGCAUCUUGGACCAAACGGACCGGAGCUCAUCCCUACUGUGUCCUCGCCAGAUUACACUGCUGUUGUUUUCUACGCUCCUGAGCUGAAGAUGGAUACAGAAGACGUCCAAGUGCAUGAGGGUACUGAUGUCAGCCUGACCUGUGAAGCUGAGGGUAACCCUCCUCCCACCUUCAUUUGGACCUGUCAGGGACUGAAUGUGUCGGAGAGGACAAAUAAUCUCAGCAUUAGUCAAAUAUCAACCAGCACAACCUGCAACUGCACAGCUGUCAAUCAUUAUGGAAGCACAACUAAGCUAAUCCAUGUUCAUGUGACUCAAACUGUCCAGUCAGCAAUCCUUAUAGCCAUGGCCAUCCCUGAGGAAUCAAAACAAGAAGAUUGCUCCUUAAAACUGACGCCUGCUGUAGCCGUCGUGAGAUAUGGCGAUCCGGUUUCAAUUAACUGCAGCACAUCAGACACAGAUGUUUCAGGAAUGGGCUGGGAGACUCCAGUCAAUGGCAUAGGCUUUACGCCCACUACUUCUCUCACCUGGACGGUUCCAAAGCUGGAAAUGUGGGAUAUCAAACCUCUUUGCUUUGUAACUCUGAAAAAGAAACAGUGCAAAUUAACACCAAACAUCACUCUUUAUAAGACUCCAGACACUGUGUCAGUCUCGACCCGGGAUGAUGGUCAGAUGGUGGAGGGCAGAGAUUACUCGUUUAUUUGUGAUGUUGUCAAUGUGGCUCCUGUGCAGAAUCUCACAGUGAAGUGGUACCGCGGCAAUGAAACGGUGCACAUCCAAAUGUUUGGUGGCACCAGUGUGACCCCAGUCAGUGUAUCCUCCACCUGGAACAUCACCGCUCAGAGAGAUUACAACGGAGAACUUUUCAGAUGCGAGGCUGAGCUGCAUCUUGGACCAAACGGACCGGAGCUCAUCCCUACUGUGUCCUCGCCAGAUUACACUGCUGUUGUUCUCUAUAAGCCACUGAUGAAAGCUUGUAAAAUCCAUUAUGUUUACGUGGAGCACGAGUUCAGUAUGGACAUGUUGCCCUGUGAAGCUGAUGGGAACCCUCCACCCACUGUUCAGUGGUACUAUAAAGGAGAAGCGAUCAAUGCAUCUAAGCCUCUCACCAGGACUCAGUCAGGAACCUACACAGCUAAAGUUGUAAAUGCACUUGGCAACAGCAGCACUUCUGUUGACAUCACAAUCGAAAGUAGCCCUUCAUUUACCUGCAGCAAUCGCUAUAACGUUCGAAAGGACGAUAACCUCCAAAGUUUGUGUGAACCAGAGGCACUGCCUAAACCUGACACAACGUGGUUUAAAGAUGGAGAAAAGGUGGCAACCUCGCAUCGCUUCGGAAAGUAUGAUAGUGGAACAUAUUUACUGAGCGCAACCAACAAACAUGGAGCAGCCAAUCACACGCUGUAUCUUAAUGUUUUGUAUGCCCCCACGAUGAACGAGAGUGAUUCCGUUUUUGAGAUGGCCCCGGGUGGAAAUGUGACUUUUAGUUGCCGUGCUGAUGGGAACCCUGACCCUGUAAUCUACUGGAACAAUGUCUCUGCACAGAACGUGAUGGUGGCCAGUAGGGGGCGCCAGAUAGACAUCAGCGUCAUGGGAGCCACGUCUACCAAUGCUGGUGUUUACAUCUGCGUUGCCACGAAUGAAGUUGGGAGUGUGACAAGAUCUGUCACACUGAAGAUCAGAGGUAAAACCAGUGAAAUCUCCUUACUUUGGCUGAUAGCUGUGAUGCUGUUCAUCGUCCUCGUCGUCAUCAUCAUUUUGUGCUACAAACGCUCGAAAAAACAUGGACAAUAUAGUUUUAUUUCUGACAAAGCCAAGGAUGAUUCAGAUCGACCCAUCCCUAUGAAUACUAUGUCUAAUGGGGUGCAAGCUGGGACGUACUGAACAGGUAAAUCAAAUUAAAUCUGGAGACUGAAAGUAAUAAUAAUAAUAAUAACAACAACAACAACAACAACAAUAAUAAUAAUAAUAAUAAUAAUAAUAAUGAUGAUGAUGAUGAUCUCAUGUGACAUUUGGCUCGCAUGGCAAGAAUGACCUGUAAAUGCUGUACUAUAGCCUAUUUGUAUUUUCAUUUUAACUUUCUUUGACCUGGUACAAGUCUCCAGUGAGGACACCCGGGUUUUUUGUUUGUUUUUUUUUGUAUUUUUUGUAUUUUUUUGUAUUUAGAACAUUGUUACGAAGCAGGUGUAUUUUAACAUGGAUUUGUAUUUGUAGGCUUUAAAGUGUAACUCAGCCUUUAUCUAUAAAGGCAUACCUUGACUCUAGGCAGUUUUUCCUCGCCACUGUCGCCAAGUGCUUGCUCAAGGGGGAAU